UGCUGUUUAGACUGUACAAAGCACUCUAACGCUCAAAGGCAAACGCAUAAAGCAGAUAAAAUGACGAGACGGAACAAAUGUCAAACACGGCGCUUCUGAUCUGAGUGAGGAUUUUUCUGACCACGGUCUGACGUCCGCAGAAGAAGUAGGAUAAAAGGAAGAGGAUGAAUUUGAGAAGAGGCAGCAGGUGUGCUGUACCGAAGGGAGAACAAGAGUUUCACCUAUCAUGCUGCAGAACUCAAACUCCAGGAAUCCUGCCAUAGUUGCGUCCCUACUUAACAACGCUCAAAGCAAAACAGGAAGAUUCCCACAGAGAGCAAACAAGACACACAGAGCAAAAACAACUUAAGCCAAAACUGUUGGGACAACAACAUUUCAAAGAAACAACCGCAGGCUUCCAAUAUUCAAAACUAGUCUCCUUUCUAGGAAUUAUGUUGUAACAAUAAAGUAAUUGUGCAAUUGAAUGUGCACACAGGAAGUGACUUCAGCCAGGUAGUUAUUUUUGAUGACAUGAGCUACAAACUACAGGAAGAAAAAAAACAAUCAUAAUAAUAGAGGAGCUACUUAAAGCACAUUUAGAAAAUGGCAGGCUUCCUUGAAAACCUGAAAGGUGUGUCCCUGGAUCUUUUGCAGCAAAAAUGAAAAGGUGGAGCCACAGGAGGAGCAGUUUUCGAGGAAGCUACUCCACUCAAGGACAAUAUUCACAGAACAGCAUGAACAGCAUCCUGCUGGACGGGCUUAUCUGCUGAAGUUCACUGAACUAAAGAAAGAAUAACCCUGGACAGAAAGAUUUUCUUGGAGCACCUUUACUCCAGACUCUCCAAAUAAAUGUUUCCGGAGUCUUCCUCGUCUUUGGAGGACAGCCUAACUGCGAAAAUGUUUGCCAUCAUCGAGCAGUGGGAUGAGGCGUCCAACCAAUACACAGACGUCACCAAGAAGUACUUCAUGCUUUUGCUCAUCAAGUUUGGACUGGAAACAGCUGUGUUUUACUCAUGCAGCCCGAAAAAGUAUAUGUACUUUUUAAGCGUCUGCAGCCUGUCCGUUUUGCUGGCUGAUUUUCUUCUUACAUUGUUAAUGGGAGCUGCCUGGUUUCUCGGCCCAGAGAAGUCGUUGCCGUCAACCUGCUUCCUGUUGGCUACAGCCUCAACAACAUACGGAGCUCUGCCACUCCCUAUGUUGAUCCUCGGCUUUAUUGACUACUGCUUAGACGACACCUUUAUGAGCAAUGUCUCAGUGUUAUGGAAAACAUUUAGAAAUGUAAUCUUGACCAUGGUGGUUUGGGCGGUUGCUAUUCAUAACUCACUUCACUCUGAUUAUGCCAGACUGGUGGAACUGGAUUCUUCGGGGGAGAUAAAGGUGCUUCUCUGUAAAGUGACAGAGUCAACAGUGAUCACAACCUUUACUUUCGGACUUUUCAUGGCAUGCCUACUGACGCUGGUGCCAUUUUGGUCCAGAAUUCCCCAGUGGUUGAGAGAAGUCGACAGGAUGCUUGAAGCACGGGAGCAGCAGCAGAACAUGAGGAGCGAUCUGCUCCUCGCUUCAACCUGGAAUCCCAACCCAGAAACAAAAACCAGACCGGAGGAAUAUCCCGAGGAGAACAGCCUGACGAGGCCUCCUCUGUGGUUCAGCAUAACACUUGGCUUUAUAUUGUUCUGGAUGCCAUAUCUUGUGAUGUCUGUCUCUUGCCUGAUCUGCGGACUUGGAGUACCCACACACCUCGGAGUAAACCUUCUGUGGUUGGAGUGCUCCAACAGCCUCCUGGUGGGUUUGGUGUUCUGGGCAAAGAGCUACACAAAGGGGCCUUACAGCAGUCUACCAGAGGACGUGUGCUUAUGGCAGGUUUACUGGCACUUAAGCAAAGAUAUAAGACGGUCUCUGCCGCCUACCGCUGUGUUUAAAGCACCAUGUGAAAAGAAGAGCAGUUCAUUUCAUGUGUAGAAAAAAAUAAAUAAAUCGCCCAACAACACAGCAAUGCAGACUAAAUGAAAGUCCUCCGGCAUAUGAAUCGAUCAGUGAUCGGACUCUGUGGUUGUUACUCCAUCCUGCUCGUGGCUGAAUGUUACAAAAGCUAGACUCAGAAACGAAUCUCCACAGAUCGUCCUCUCCAGAAGCCAAGAGGUGAUUAAUUGCAGCUUUAAAUGAACUGUUAACUUUUCACUGCAUGCCUACUGAUACUGGUGCCAUUUUGGUCCAGAACUCUGAAGUUGAUCUUCGGAGCAAAAUGUUGCAACUGUUUACUGUGCACGGAGGGAAAUUUGCAAUGACUACAAAAUGUAGCAGAUCACUUUAUCUUCUUUUAUUUUAUCUUUAUGGACUCUACUGAUACAUGUUUGUCAAAAAAUAAUAAAAACAAAUUCUGAAA